AUGAUAGGUCCGCGUUCUCUAGCCAAGAUCCUGGUACAUGGUAAUGGCCAUGCCAUUGCAAUGUAUCUGACAUCAAAAUACGGGAAGGACGAUUCUCUAUACCCAAGGGAGCCUCAAAAGCGAGCUCUUGUUGAUCAGAAGUUGUUUUUUGACUUUGAUAUUUAUGGAGCUGUGGAAAAUAUCUGGGUUUCAGUUAUGUCUGGAAAACCACCAGGACAGACACAUGUGGAUAAAAUAAACGAUGGGCUAGAAACUUGGAACAAAAUGCUUGAAGGAAAUCAAUGGCUCGCCGGGGAGGAUGUGACUCUGGCUGAUUACUCUGCUGCUGUAGUCGUGACAACAACUCAGGUUAUUCCAAAAACGGAAUUUAAUCCAUACAAGUACAAAAAUACAGCUGAGUGGCUUUCACGAAUUGAGAGUUGUAAUCAAACAUAUGUAGAAGAGGUGAAAGUGUUCCGUGAAGCCAUGCAAGCUUUUCUAGAAAAGCCUAAAUAA